UCACUCAUCUGGCAACAGUAAACAGUCAAGCAAACAGUAACAACAAAACUUCAAACGCGCUUACAAACUUAAUUUCAAACUUUCUUACUUUUCCUGUGAACCUAAUCUUGUGCUUUCAAUAUAUAUUUUGUGUUCAACAACAAUCGAAAUCUAUUAAAAUGUCUCUUGUUCCACGACUCAUUGAUACAAUGUUCCGAGAUUCAUUCGAUGAGAUCUAUCCAAUCAUCGCUUACCGUGAACCAGUUAUGGAUUACCCUAGACGAUCAUGGGGUCAAAUGAAUCGUGCUCUUCGUCAAUUAGACCAAUUGUCUAAGCAUCUUAAUCAAGAAAUGGCAACAAUCAAGGAUUCCGAGGAUAAAUUCGAGGUUAAUGUUGAUUGUGCUCAUUUCAAACCAGAAGAGAUUAACGUUAAACUGUCUGACAAUAAUCUGGUUGUCGAAGCUAAACACGAAGAAAGAUCUGAUGAACAUGGAUACAUUUCUCGAUCAUUUAAGAGGCGAUAUGUUCUUCCAGAGAAUGUGGAAUUCGAUAAACUUCAGUCCAAUUUAGGAGUUGAUGGUGUACUUUCAAUCAAGGCUCCAAAGAAGGUUGUCAAUGCUGUUACAGGAGAAAAGAAGAUUCCAAUCACUUUGACCAACCAAGUCCAUCAACCAGUUGAAAGUGGUGAUAAAGCUCAAACUGAAAAGAUGGAAACCAAAUAAACAAAUUAAGCCAAAGAUAUAGAAUCGAAAUUAAAUUCUGGUCCAAUCUCUAAAUUUAGGUUUUUUAAAUUGUAGUAUUAAAUCAUGAGCUUUUUUAUGAAAAUGCAUAUGUGAUACUCUCUUAUGUUGUAAAAAUCUCGCUCUGUAAAGAUCUCUAUUGUAUCUAAUUGCAAUGUAUUUAUGAUUGCAAUAAAAUUAUUUAUUUAAGUAA